AUGACUCCAGCUCACCAGAAAAAUUUCCACACUUCAAACCCUGAAGAGGCCACAGCCAUCAACAGAGAGAUCCCCGAGUUUGCAGCGGCUCAAAUCUCCGAUGAAGACAAGUACUUUGCCAACCACAAACCCCCAUCAUACUUGCCCGAGAUCAAGGAGGAGCUCGAUAAGUUCAUCAAAUACCAUUUGGAAAACACCGGGAAAAGAAUCGCCUUGGUUACUUCAGGCGGAACUACAGUCCCAUUGGAAAAUAAUACUGUGCGGUUCAUUGACAAUUUCAGCGCUGGUACAAGAGGGGCUACUUCUGCCGAAUACUUUCUUGAAAACGGGUAUGCCGUAAUCUUUUUACACCGAGAGUUUUCUCUACUUCCUUACUCGAGGCAUUAUAGUCACUCAACAAACUGCUUCCUAGACUAUAUGACCGAAGUUAAUGGCAAGAUUGAAAUUGAUCCGAAAUACAGCGAACAAAUGUUGCAUGUAUACCGCAAAUACCACGAAGCACAAGACUCCAAUUCACUUUUGCUCAUCCCAUACACCACAGUUAACCAAUACUUGUACACCUUGAAGCUAAUCUCGGAAGAAUUGAAACCAUGCACAAACAAGGCCUUGUUCUAUCUCGCGGCUGCAGUGUCAGACUUUUUUAUUCCACAAUCAAGAAUGCCCCAACAUAAGAUCCAGAGCUCUGCCGCAACAGAUGGUGAAUUGGUCAUUCGCUUGGCACAAGUACCCAAGUUUUUAAGCAGAUUGGUUGAAAACUGGUCUUCAGGCGCAAUGAUUAUCAGCUUUAAAUUGGAGACAGAUAGCAGUAUAUUGAUCAAAAAGGCAAAAAGCGCUUUGGAAAGAUACCAUCACCAACUUGUGAUUGGUAACUUGUUACAAACGAGAAAAAAGGAAGUUGUCUUUGUCGACCUCGAACACGAUGAUCAUUGGGUAAGGUUGACUGAUGAGGAAGUGGCCAACGGAAAGGAGAUUGAAAGCGAAAUGAUCCCCGCGGUCAUUACUUUACACAAUGAAUGGAUUAAAAAGAGUUUAGCAUAA